AUGCACCCGCCAAACCAACAACAAUGCAAGCCUAUACUCGCUCUUGCUUCCACGCUUGUUUCCAUGGCAGAGACUUGCCGCUCUAUGUCCCACCUCAAGCAAAUCCACGCCCACUCCUUUCUAACAGGCCUCCACGACAACUCCGUUAUCCUCGCCAAGAUGCUUCGCUUUGCUGCCGUCUCACCUUCCGGUGAUUUAGCAUACGCUCACAGCCUGUUCGAUCAAUUGCCCCAUCCAAAUACUUUCUUCUAUAACACCCUCAUUCGCGGCUAUGCUAAAAGCUCAAUACCUUCUUAUUCUUUGCAUUUAGUUAGUCAGAUGAGGCGAAAUGGCGUAGACCCAGAUGAAUUUACUUUCAAUUUCUUGAUAAAAGCGCGAUCAAGAGUGAGAGUGAAUAAAAAUUGCAACCUCCCAUUGAUCGUAGAGUGCGAUGAGAUACAAGGGGCGGUGUUGAAGUUUGGCUUUUCUUCACAUUUGUUUGUUCAAAAUGCGUUGAUUCAUUUGUAUGCCGUGAGAGGGAAUCCUGUGGCAGCCUGGAGAGUUUUUGAUGAGACGGUGGGAGUGGAUGUUGUCUCGUGGUCUGGUUUGGUUUUAGCUCAUGUAAGGGCUGGAGAAUUGGACCGUGCAAGAUGGGUUUUCGAUCAGAUGCCAGAGAGGGAUGUGGUGUCUUGGACGUCAAUGGUUUCUGCAUAUUCGCAAGCUAAGUAUUCGGGGGAGGCGUUAGAGUUGUAUAGGGAUAUGGUAGAUGCAGGAGUGAGACCAGAUGAGGUCACUCUUGUUAGUGUGAUUUCAGCAUGCACUAAUCUGGGUGAUUUGCAAAUGGGGUUUAGUGUGCAUUCUUAUAUUGAUGAGAAUGGGUUUGGAUGGAUGGUUUCGCUUUGUAAUGCAUUGAUUGAUAUGUAUGCAAAGUGUGGAUGUAUGGAUAGAGUGUGGCAGGUGUUCAGUAAGAUGAGAAAGAAGAGCUUGGUUACAUGGAAUUCGAUGAUUUCUGCAUGUGCUAACAAUGGGGACCCUGAAGAUUCAUUUGAGCUGUUUAAUUGUAUGAUGAAUUCUGGGGUUGCACCUGAUGGGUUAACUUUCUUAGCUAUUUUAACUGCGUACGCACACAUGGGGUUGGUUUAUGAAGGUUGCAGGCUUUUUGAGAGCAUGCAGAGGGACUACGGAAUUGAGGCAAGUAUUGAACAUUACGGAUGCAUGAUAAAUAUGUUAGGUCAAGCAGGGUGGUUAGAGCAAGCAUAUGAACUAAUUUCCAACAUGCCAUUGCCAAGCAAUGAUGCUGUUUGGGGAGUUUUGCUUGCAGCCUGCAGAAAAUAUGGUGAUACGUAUAUGGGAGAGAGGGUUGUGAAGAAGCUAAUAGAGUUAAAACCAGAUGAAGGAUGGUACUAUACUAUUCUUCGAGAUAUUUAUGUUGCUGCAGCACUGGUGAGGCAGCGUGGUGCAGUAAGCAGAAAGCAUCACGACAAGGUUCGAUGGUUGGGACUUGGAGGGUUCUAUUUGGACUUCUUGAAAGAAGCAAAGAUAAUUGAAGCGUUGGCAAUUGGAGAAGCUGUGAUGUUUGGAGCUAAACAGAGUUAUCCUAAUGAUGAGUUGUAA